AUGGCGUCCAGCGCCUCCCGGUUCAUCAAGUGCGUCACAGUGGGGGACGGCGCCGUGGGAAAGACCUGCAUGCUCAUCUGCUACACCAGCAACAAGUUCCCCACUGAUUACAUACCCACUGUCUUCGAUAACUUCAGUGCAAACGUGGUAGUCGACGGUACCACGGUGAAUUUGGGCCUUUGGGAUACUGCAGGGCAGGAAGAUUACAACAGAUUGAGGCCACUAAGCUACCGUGGAGCAGAUGUGUUCGUGCUCGCCUUCUCGCUUGUCAGCCGAGCUAGCUACGAAAAUGUUAUGAAGAAGUGGCUACCGGAGCUUCAGCGUUAUGCACCGGGUGUCCCCAUAGUGUUGGCCGGAACUAAAUUGGAUCUUCGUGAAGACAAGCACUACUUACUUGACCAUCCUGGCGCGGUACCUGUUACUACAGCACAGGGGGAGGAACUUCGCAAGCACAUUGGCGCAACUUGUUACAUCGAGUGCAGCUCAAAAACUCAGCAGAAUGUGAAAGCUGUGUUUGAUGCUGCCAUCAAGGUAGUAAUCAGGCCUCCGACGAAGCAGCGAGAAAGGAAGAAAAAGAAAGCACGGCGAGGAUGUUCAAUAUUUUGCAGCCGUAUCAUGCACACAAGGAGACUAGGAUGCUUCAAGUGA